AGGCAGAGAUUCGCCCCGCUCUGAAGAGAUGUGGAACCGUAUUUAAUUUCAUCACUUGCGCGUUGCGCAGAAAACUUUACCAUGACAGCCCCACAUCUUGUUGUAUCGCGAGAGAUGCCGUCCCUUAAAACAAGGUGCGCGCGGCGACUCUUCUAUCUUUUGUUACAAUAGCCAGAUCCCGUCAUCCACACCGCUUGUUAUAUGUCGUAGGUCGGUACCCUGCUGCUUGUUAUUUCUGUAAGGAUUUGCAAUCCGGCACUGCAGAAGCAAACACCCGUGCCGGGCCAACUAGGACGCGGACACAUCCUGGCUUGCAGACGCAUUUCUAGUGGUGACUGGAUUCAGUCAGGUCGGCGCGAAAAUUUUAUGUCGCCAUGAGUCGCGACUUCGCGGGCACCUUCGCGGAGAAACAACCUGGACUCACCGGUCGCUUGUCUGACGGCCAGGCUGAAGACGUCGCGGGUUUGGUUGCUUUCCAGCUCCGGGAAAAUCCCGCCUUUCAACAAAAAGUCGUGCAAUUUUACGUAGAAACCUUGGCAGACCAAAAGACGCUUCCCGUAUCGUGAGGAAAAAUCCCGCCUCUACCUACUCAAAACGAAAAUUUGUGAUGUUGGUUCGUGGCCACAACCACACGCCUAAGCAGCUUUGCCUUGCCCAUUAGGCAACUGAAAACUACGUAUUACGUUCCACCGCAAAUCUGUGAUGCGCUUUUGGCCACUUUUGCAAAGCGUUCUGGCGUGCCUAAUUCUUGGUAGCGUUCUGCACACCUUCCAAAUGGCCUUAGAAAACUCCUCCAAGCCUUUGCUGCAAUACAUGGUAUACAGAAAUCCAGCAACAGAAAUUUCCCUUUGAAUAGAAUCGGUCGGGUUUUUUUUCCAUUUUGAUAGCCCGACGCCCUAGUUCACGCACUUCUGCAAGACCCGGAGCAUGCAACACGAGUUGCGGUCGACACAGGCCAGUACCUGCUCGGGAACGAAGACUUCAUCGACAUCCUGGCAUCGGAAAUUGCCUUCAGGCACCUUCUCGGCAUACCAAGUGUAAAUAUCUCUGGGCCUGGACUCGUGCACUCGUUUGUCAUGCAUCUCCUGGACCAACCAGAGAAUCUGAAAAUCACCCACAAGCAUCACAGAUUGCGCAUGAUGAUAAUGAUGAUCUUCGUAAUUCCUAAUCCGCAUGAGAAGUUUGCACUGUGCGUAUCAAGGGGUGGCUGUCUUUUGGCGCUUUUGCAACACAGAUUUUUGUGCGAUCCCGAGUUACCUUGACAAGCUGUAGUGUUCUUCCCGACCCAGAAGUAUUUGCAAUGCAUACCGCAGCCAAGAAGACCAAGACGGUGAUGGCGCACCAGACGACAUGGAAAGCCGGGAAGAAAAGGUCUUCGUAUGCUGAUGCUGAAGAAGCUCUGAGUCACGUGCGGCAGCAUGGCCGUUUCCUCUGGUGGCAGCGCGACCUUGAAGUAUUACACAUUCUUCACUCGCCAUCCCAAUGUCUCGCAAUUUGUGUGUCUGUGGUGGCCUGCGGAAAACCAUUGUAUCGAUUCUGUGCAAAAGACCACCUUUUCUGAUUCUUUAGUAAGUAGACACUCUCUCGUCCUCAUGACAAACUGCAUUUCCGAUUUUACACUGCACGAAAUCUCUCAUGCACCGUAGCCGUUCCAACGCAACUUGUUUUGCUUUUCCCAACCCGUGUGUGACUCAGAUAAAUGAUUUUGCAAACCAUAGAUGCACUUGGUGAUUGCGGUCCUCGGAAACUAUGCCAGAAGAAAGGUUUGUAGCUGGUGGAAUCGGAUGGCCGCGCACUCCUGGCGAUGGUAUUAAUUCAGUAGAUUUUUUUUGAACUCGAUUGUGUGAUGCUCAUGUUUUUCAUGUUGACGUAAAACUAAGAACUCAUUCAUGACCAACGUGUAGUAGCCGUCCCAUUCUGGCGCUCGGAGGUGGGAGGUUGCGCUAUUAUGAUAAUUACAAUGAAAGUCAGGUUUAUCAUCCCAGCCUUGGUACUGGUACUCGCCAUUGCAGCUGUGGCCGCGUACAAGAGUUUCGGCUUCGUCACGUCCCUGUUGGGAGCGGGUCUAUCAAAGCAAGAUGUUGUCCGACACUGCAAACCAGAUUUGACAUGCGGCGCAAAAUCAUUUCUACAGAGCACGCAUGCUGUACAGUUUGCGCAGUUUGCAUACAUCAGUAUAGUGUUCGUAAAUGUGUCCUGCAUGCCCGACAAGAUGUCACUACGUACUCUCUGCCCCCUGAAUGGCGACGACAAUGACAUGUCAAACCGGCAAGUCGUGCGAGCGAACCUUCUGUCACUUCUCCAUAAGAAUCAGCGACAGCGGAUUGCAUCACGCGAGAAGAAGUGGUGCAAAUUGUAUCUUGUGUGAAAUUGUGGACGUUGCAACUUGAACUUGCAUGAGGAGAACCAAUUUACAUUCUACUUGGACAAGAAAAAACACCUAGACGAGAAUUCUGACAGCGACGCAUCUUGACAAAAAUAUGGCAAAAACACCUCCAUGUGAAUCGCCAGCGCCACGCUUUUUCUGUUGAUAUGUUGCAAACCUGUCGAAACGCAGAGUGGCUUGCCGUGUGCUGCCUGACUUCGCACGGGAACGGCUGAGGGCGAGCGAAAUGCAGAAGAUCUACCAGUCCCGCUUAGGCUUCACAUCCGACGAGAAACUACGAAAAUGAACCCUGGUGGCCUUGUCGUCAUUCUCGUUACGACUGAUGUGCAUUGGCUUGUAGUGGCGGCGGCGUCUCAUCGACUAAUCCCCUUGUCGAGAACGGCCUCCCGACUGGCCAUAUGAAUAUUUACGAACGAAAAUACAUCUGGCCCCAGGGGCAUUUUGCUUUCGCAUAAUGCGCGGCACUGAUGGCAAUCAUGCAGAAACCGGAAGCGGAGCUUGCUCCUGCCUGCUUCUCCACGAACAUCACGAAUCCAACGCCUUUGGUACCGGGACCGGAGAACGAAGAAGGUGGCAACUGAAGGGAAUACUCAUCGGCUUUUUGAAAACGUCGCUCUACUUUGUGGCGAUCUCUCAGAGAAGAUCGCACUUUCCUAUUGUCACUAUUGCCUUGUCAAGUGCAGCAAAUGCCAGCCGCGAAGGUGCAGCUCCGCCUCCAGUAAAAUCUAACGAACCUUUGAUAAAUAAUUUUUUGCGAGUCGACCCAUGUGCGAACAAACGAACAAACCAUGACAAAAGCGAAUCACUGAGAACGCGAAACUGUGGCUGAAAAUCGAAAUAAAUUUUCUUACCGCAAAUGCGCUUCAGCCGCGAGCUGAGAGGAUUUUCGUUCCAAAACCUCUUGGUGUUGCGUUGUGCAGGCGGCCGAUUCUCUCUUGCCCGGAGUCGCUCAUGUUUUUCUCUCCUUGUUGUUCGAUUCUGUAUCGCAGAACCGCACAAAAGACCAUUUCCGGCAGUGCAGUUCGUGUGCGAGUUCCGGUGGAC